AGCGUCGCACAUUUGCUCAGGGGUCCGACGGCCGCGGCGCCAAGCUUCCGCGGGCGCAUCGUGCUGCGCCAUGGUGUAACGUGUGCCCCCCCGCCCGCUCGGGGGGCCCUGGGCUGGGCGCCGCGGCCCCUCCUGGCGGAGGGCGCGCCCAUGCCUCCGAUGCCGUGCGGUGAGGCGCCCCUGUGGGGCGAGCGCCCCCGCUCUAAGGCGCAGCGCCGCGCCAGACGCCGCUUGCUGCUCGCGGUGAGCCGUCAGGCGGCGCUGGACUUCUCCCUCUUCGGUUACCCGUACGACUGCGGCUACCAGUGCGACGGCGGCUACGUCUGCGACUACGAUGCUAUCGCGCCCCAGUCGGCGGAGGAGGCCGUCCUCGAGGGCCUGGGCGUCGACGCGGGGGGACGGGAGGGAGCUGUUCCUGAAGGCGCUGCACCUCGCGGAGUUGUUCCUGCUGUUCCUGUUGAGGGCUCUCUUCCUGAAGGCGAUGUUCCUGCUGAUGGCCUUCUUCCUGAAGGCGCUGUACCUCGUGGAGAUGCCUUCCGUGCGGGUGACGACGCCGAUCUCUGUGAUGCUGUGGAUGGGUGUGUUCGUGCCGGGUCUGCGGCAGCUCGUGCCGACCCACCUCUUCCUCCUGGUGUUCGUGCUGCUGCUGGUGCGGGUCCGCCUGAAGGCGCGGAGCUUCCUGGAGACGGUCCUCGCGCUGGUGCCGCUGUUGUUCCUCGUGCUUCUGCUGACGGAUGUGUUCGUGUCCCUGGACCCGUUCUCGGCCACGGGGUUCCUGGUCUCGCGGCGCCUGCCUCCGAGGCCACCACGUUCGCGACGGCGCCUCUCUCGGAGGUGUCGCUGGGCGCGUCGGAGUCUGGAGACGGGCCUGGUGCCUGGUCCGAGGGGCCUGGCGAGGCGGUCUCGCCCAGGACGGCGGACAUGGCGGACUUUGCGUAUCCGAGGGAGCUGGGGGGGCUGGCGCGGGCAGCUCUGCUGCGAUACGUCGACAUUGGGCUGCCGCCGUGCCCUGAUUGUGGGCAGGAGCUGGAGGCCCUUCAUCUCGAUCGGGCUACGCGCAAUUGGCUCCGAAUGCGCACGGACAUCGAGUGCUGGUACUGCGGGGACGUGUGCGUCCACGCGGCUUUCUGCCACGCCUGCGGCUUGCUGCGCUGCGACGCGUGCUCGUUCCACCUGGAGGUCGACGAGGAGGAGAAGCUUAUGCUCGAGGACCCCGACCUCGCGCGCGACCAUGUCGACCACGUCCUCAAUGGGCAGCGCAGGGACGAGGGCGCGCCCAUCGUGGACGGCAGGUUCUUCGUGGGCCACGAGGUGGGGAUACACGGCUUGAUCAAGCGGCCCGAGCUCAACGGUCGGCGGGGUCAGGCGGCGCCAGCGCUACACAUCUGCAACCUGAAGCUAGCGAGCGUCGUGGGCGGUGGGCGCCGACGUGGCUGCUGCAUCCGACGACGUCGGAUUCGCCGGGCGCGGCGGGCCGGCCUCCUGCGGGCGGCCGGGGCUCGCGCCAGCGGUCGCAGGCCCGAGCGGCGCUCCGCCGCCAUCUGUGCCUCUGCCGGGGCGCUCGCUCGGCGGCGGCGCGGGGGCGGCGGCGGGCGGCGGAGCGGCGGCGGGCGCCCUCGGGGCCGCCGCUCCUCCUCGAGCGGGGGCCCUCGAGCGGCGAGCGCCGCGGGGCCCGCCUCGUCCUCCUCUCCUCCGCCUGGGGUCCUGGGCCGUCUCGGGUUCCUGUCCUGGGGCCGCCCUGGUUCCUGGGUCCUCGUCGCCUCGGCUUGCGUCUUCGUUUCCCGGCGGGCCAUGGGGUCGCGCUCCUCCUCUCGGCGGGGGCUCUGAAGCUACAGCGGCGCCUUCGACUGGCGCCCAUGCUGUUCAAAUAAAAAUGUAUAUGUAUAUGUU